AUGAUGCGGGCAUCAUUAUUCGCCUUGGCAACAAGCCUACUGGUGCUGCUACAGCAACCGCAAUCAGUUGUCGCAAGUCCAGAUGUCAACGUAGCCUUGCGAGCUUCAUUCGAUGCGGGCCCAUACCUCGUGGAACUCUUAGAAACAGCAGCCCAAGAGAAUUCCUCUGCAUACUUCCCCCUCCUCGACCGCAUCGCCACGGGCACCUUUGAAGAUGCCACCACCGACAAAGAUCUCUACGAAACCUUCCUCCAAGUACUCAUAGAAGACAACCAUCUACAAAGCAAAGAAAGUCUGGAUUCCUUUAAAUUCGCACUCGCCAUCCGUUCCGCUGCGCCGCGAAUUGAAGCCCAUUAUCAAUAUUAUAAUACCUCCGUACAAUCUACGUUGGGAACCGCUCAGGACGCUGCUUGCCCCGUUUGGGUGCAUAUGGAUGGCAAACAGUACUGUUCUUCUACCCUUGAACGCGCUCAGCAGGAUGUCUCUGGUGAUCGGGACCCUCGUGAAUUACCCUUUGAUCGGACUUUAGGAGAUCGAUUUGCUACGCCGGCGGUUCUUUAUGCGGAUAUUGCUUCACCCAUGUUUGCGGAUUAUCAUCGGACUUUGAAGGGAUUAGCAAAUGAGGGUCAGAUUGCGUAUAGAGUGCGGUAUCGUCCGGCUCAUGAUGGUGUUUCUCGGCCCUUGUUUGUGUCUGGAUAUGGUGUCGAGUUGACGCUGAAGAGAACUGAUUAUAUCGUGAUUGAUGACCGACAAGCUGAAGAGAAAGACACCACCAAGUCUAAUGCGAAGACACCAAGUGCGCAAGAUCUGGAUGCGGAAGAAGACGAAUCGCCUCUAGAUUUGAAGCCAUUAUCAUCUUCCGAAGUAGCGAAGCUAGGAAUGAGUGCGGCCAGUUUUGUGCUCGAUAGUUCAGAUCCGUUUGCGACGCUUGUCAAACUUUCGCAGGAUUUCCCGAAAUAUUCCUCUUCUAUUGCGGCGUAUAACGCCUCAGAGCAGUUUUUGGAAGAAUAUAAGAGAAACCGGCAGGCUGGGUUACCUGGAGGUCGAAAUGCGAUGUGGAUUAAUGGGUUGCAUGUUGAUGCUAGACAAAUUGAUGCGUUUUCGUUGUUGGAAUAUCUACGAAGGGAAAGACGGCUGUUAGCCGAGUUUCAAAAGAUUGGAUUGUCUGCUUCCGAAGCUGUUGAUCUUUUGUCUUAUCCUGCAUUGGCUGAGGUGCAGGGGAACAGUGAAGUGCAACGCUAUGACUGGCGUGACGAGAUUGAGGGUGGCGGAGUGCUUGUUUGGUUGAACGAUCUGGAAAAGGAUAAGAGAUACACCAAUUUCCCUACAACUCUUCAAGCGCUACUGCAACCCACAUACCCAGGACAAUUCCCUGCUGUUCGUCGAGAUGUCCAGAACGUCGUUGUUCCUGUCGACCUUGCAAACACUGACGAUGUUCAGUUCGUUGCCAAGUACCUCUACGCAUUCAUCAAACGAAUGAUACCAGUUCGAUUUGGUUUGGUUCUGACAACAAACUCUGAAGAGUCCAAGGCUCAGGCAAAGAUCGCGCAUUAUCUACAUCAGGCAUACGGAUUGGCUUCAAUGUUGCAGUAUUUGGAGACAUCUCUAUCUGCCGAAAAAGUCUCUCGGGCUCAUAAGCCGUCCUUUACCGCUGCUAUUGCAGAGCGAUCUCUGCGAUCUGGUCAAGAAAACCUUUCGUUUGAAGAAGUGCUUCAGUCCGAUGCACUAGAUACCAUUAUCAGCAAUACAGAAAAGUAUCUGAACCGCUUGGAUCUCAAAGGCUCCUCACCAUCAACCUUGGUGAACGGAGUUGCCAUGUCUCGUGGAGGGAACUACAUGCAAGAGCUUCCUAUGCAAUUAAGCAGAGAUCUACAAAUCAUCCAGCAGGGUCUCAUUGAAGGAGCUUUCAGCGACGAUGACUAUGUUCCAGAUUAUUUCCUUUCAAAAGCUGCACAGAGUCGUAAUGAAUGGAUCGUACCCGAACAUGAUAGCGAUAUUGUCAUCGCUGAUAUUUGUGGUGUCGCUGAUUUACACAAUGAUUUUGCCGAAAUCCUUCGUUUCCCUGCUGAUCCCAAACAUACUGCCAGCAAUGUGCAGCUUAUUGUUGUAGCGGAUUUCAAUACCGAGCAUGGCCUUGCCCUUUUGCUAUCUGCUUUGAAGUUUCGGCAGACGCAUCCGGGAAGUGAGAUAGUUCCUCUGUAUAGCUCGGAUGCAGGUGAGAAAGUGGGAAGCAUUCCGUCAAAACUUUAUGAGCUUUUGCGUCAUCCAGAACCCGUGGAUUUUGCCGAUGUACUUACUCAGAUACAGUCGCGUGAUAACACACAUCAAGCCGAUAAAAAAGAGGAAGAACAGGCUUACUGGACUCUAGUUCAGCAAUUAGUCACGGAUAUUGGCUUACCAGCCGGUUCUUCCAGUCUCAUUUUCAACAGCAGGGUCGUUGGACCACUUCCAUCAUCCGUGAUUUUCAAGGAGGAAGAUAUCGAGGCCCUCUUCUCCUACGAAACCUCGCAACGACUCGGGCCCGUCUCCACAGCUCUCAAGGACCUCGGUAUAGAGAGCAAAGUAGCAGGUCCCUUGAACUUUGCCAAGCUCACUUCCCUUGUUAUGUUGUCGACAAACUCUGACGCCCCUGAAGGCGUCUUUGAGCAGAGGUCCAAAUACCGAGUGGACGUUUGGAAGAGAUGGAACAGUACCCAUUCUGCUGUUGAUGCUUCUACCAAUACCAAGGAUGCCUCGAUCAAUAUUGCAGCAGCUAUCGAUCCGACUUCAGAGAUCUCGCAGAAAUGGCUUCCUAUCCUCAAGACGCUUUCUAAGCUGGCUGGUGUCAAUGUGCGAAUUUACCUAGCUCCAAAUGGCCAAUUGUCAGAACUUCCGAUCAAACGGUUCUAUCGACACGUAUUGGAAUCUGAGCCGACGUUUGAUGAGAAUAGAGCUCUCGCUCGCCCGGAAGCUUCAUUCCAUGGGUUACCUCAAGACGCAUUAUUGACUCUGGGAAUGGAUGUCCCUUCCUCCUGGCUUGUUGCACCCAAGUGGUCUAUUCACGACUUGGACAAUAUAAAGCUUAGUGCGAUAAAAGACAGUUCUGAUGUUGACGCAAUAUAUGAACUGGAGCAUAUCCUGAUUGAGGGACACUCUACCGACAUGACGCUCCGAUCCCCACCACGCGGUGUCCAGCUCUUGUUAGAGACCGAGAAGGGAUCUUUCUUUGCUGAUACCAUUGUCAUGGCUAACUUGGGAUAUUUCCAAUUCAAAGCACAGCCCGGUUUCUGGAAGAUUGAGCUUAAAGAAGGACGCAGUCGGGAUAUCUUCCAGCUAGACAGCAUUGGCGGCGGACAAGAGAGCUCUGGUACGAAUGAAGUUGCAUUACUCUCGUUCCAGGGAAAGACACUUUUCCCUCGCUUGUCACGAAAACCCGGACAAGAGAAUGAAGAAGUAUUGGAGACCGGACCGAGACCGGGAUCAGCAAUGGAUUAUGUAUCCAAGGGCCUCAAUUUUGCUCAGGGCGUCUUGUCGAGUGUCGGCGUCAAACAGACAGAUAAAAGCGAGUCGGCUGAGAAACACGCAGAAAUCAAUAUCUUCUCCGUGGCCAGUGGCCAUCUCUACGAACGCAUGCUCAAUAUCAUGAUGGUCUCGGUAAUGAAAAACACCAAACACAGCGUUAAAUUCUGGUUCAUCGAACAAUUCUUAUCUCCAUCUUUCACAUCUCUGCUUCCUCAUCUCGCAAAUGAAUACGGCUUCACCUAUGAAAUGGUAACGUACAAAUGGCCGCAUUGGCUACGCGGCCAACGUGAGAAACAAAGAGAGAUAUGGGGAUAUAAAAUUUUGUUCCUGGAUGUCCUCUUCCCACUGUCUCUCGAUAAAGUCAUUUUCGUGGAUGCAGAUCAAAUCGUUCGCACAGAUAUGUACGAUCUCGUCACAUUAGACCUCGAAGGAGCCCCCUACGGCUUUACGCCCAUGUGCGAUUCCCGCGAAGAAAUGGAAGGCUUCCGCUUCUGGAAACAGGGUUACUGGAAAUCCUACCUCGGGAAUUUGAAAUACCACAUCUCCGCCCUCUACGUCGUCGACCUCCAACGUUUCCGUGAACUCGCAGCUGGCGACCGUCUACGAGGUCAAUAUCAUACUCUCUCCGCCGACCCGGAAUCUCUCGCAAACCUUGACCAAGACCUACCGAAUAACAUGCAAACCAUGAUCCCGAUCAAGUCUUUACCGCAAGAUUGGCUUUGGUGCGAGACUUGGUGCUCGGAUGAGGCGCUCAAGACGGCCAAGACGAUUGAUUUGUGUAAUAAUCCGUUGACGAAGGAGCCUAAGUUGGAGAGGGCGAGGAGACAGGUUCCUGAGUGGACGGUGUAUGAUGAGGAGAUUGCCGAGUUGGCGAGGAGGGUUGCUUCUUCCUCUUCUACAUCCCCAGAAAACGAGAGCGAAGAGGAGGAAGAGGGUGAAGGGAAGGUGUAUGAAAGAAAAGAUGAGCUGUAGUUUAGUUAUUGGUUUUUAUAGACGGUUGGAUAUAUUUAUACAGUAGAGAAAUUUCAUACUGGAAUGGACAUAUAUUACG